GACCUGGCGCGCGCGCCCGCCCUGGGCGGCAGCUUCGCGGGGCUCGAGCCCAUGGGGCUGCUCUGGGCCCUGGAGCCCGAAAAGCCUUUCUGGCGUUUUCUGAAGCGAGACGUGCAGACGCCCUUCGCCGUGGAGCUGGAGGUGCUGGACGGCCACGGGCCCGAGGCUGGGCGGCUGCUGGGCCGGGCGGUGCAAGAGCGCGACUUUUUGCCGCCCGGGGUGCAGCGGGAGCCGGUGCGCGCGGGCCCGGUGCGCGCCACGCUCUUCCUGCCGCCAGGACCUGGACCCUUCCCAGGGAUCAUUGACAUCUUUGGUCUUGGAGGGGGCCUGUUGGAGUAUCGAGCCAGCCUUCUGGCUGGCCAUGGUUUUGCCACAUUGGCUCUAGCUUAUUAUGACUUUGAGGAUCUCCCCAAGGAACUGGACAGCAUACAUCUGGAGUACUUUGAAGAAGCCUUAUGCUACAUGCUUCAGCACCCCCAGGUAAAGGGCCCAGGUAUUGGGCUUUUGGGCAUUUCUCUAGGGGCUGAUAUUUGUCUCUCAAUGGCCUCAUUCUUGAACAAUGUCUCAGCCACAGUUUCCAUCAAUGGAUCUGCGUUCAGUGGAAACAGAGGCAUAUACUAUAAGCAGACCAGCAUCCCACCAUUGGGCUAUGACCUGAAGAGAACCAAAGUAGCUUUCCCAGGCCUCCUGGACAUUGUGGAUGUACGGAAUGACGUGAUUGGGGGUUGUGAGAACCCCAGCAUGAUUCCAAUAGAGAAAGCCCAGGGGCCCAUCCUCUUCAUUGUUGGUCAGGAUGACCACAACUGGAGGAGUGAGUUAUAUGCCCAGGUAGCUUCUGAACGGCUACAGGCCCAUGGAAAGGAGAAACCCAAGAUCAUCUGUUAUCCUGGGACUGGGCAUUACAUUGAGCCUCCUUACUUCCCCAUGUGCCCAGCUUCCUCUCAUAUAUUACUGCACAAACCUGUGGUCUGGGGUGGGGAGCCCAGGCCUCAUUCUAGGGCCCAGGUAGAUGCUUGGAAUCAAAUUAUAUCCUUCUUCUGCAGACAUCUGGGAGGUACCCAGAAGAGUGCUUUCCCCAAAUUAUAAUGCAUUUGACUGUUGUUGACAUGAGAGAUUCAAGGUCCGAUUCUAAUCUUCAGUAAUCCUGUGUGAAUCAGAUAUGUCAUUGGACGACAUUCAAUUUACAUCUUUGCCAUU